AUGUGCAAGCACACGAGAGCCGUCGUUGCUGCAGAGCCCCCUGUCCAGGGUCACAUGCCUCCGCUCAUGAUCCCCAUUUUUCCACACGACCAACGCACUCUAGCAGCAGCAGCUGCCGCCCAGCAAGGCUUUCUCUUUCCCCCCGGGAUGUCUUACAAGCCAGGUGAUAACUACCCAGUGCAGUUCAUUCCAUCCACAAUGGCAGCUGCAGCAGCGUCAGGACUCAGCCCCCUCCAGCUUCAGCAGCUCUAUGCCGCCCAACUUGCCAGUAUGCAGGUCUCUCCUGGAGCCAAGAUGCCUCCACUCCCCCAGCCCAUGAAUGCGAGUGGGCCCAUCUCUCCAUCAUCUCUGAAGAAUGACAAGAGUUCCUCCAGCCCCAUCACUCAAGUCAAGGAGGAGGGAACACAGCCCCUCAACCUGUCUGCUCGGCCAAAGACGAAUGAAAUGGUCAAAUCUCCCACAUCCCCGACACAAAACUUGUUCCCUGGGAGUAAAAACAGUCCCAAUAGUCUUCUUGGCAAGGGUGGCAUCCCAAGCCCACUUGGAGGAGGCCUGGGCCGAGGCUCAUCUCUUGAUAUUCUGUCAAGCUUAAACUCGACUGCCCUGUUCGGGGACCAGGACACAGUGAUGAAGGCCAUCCAGGAGGCUCGGAAAAUGAGGGAGCAGAUCCAGAGGGAGCAGCUACAACACCACCAGCAGGGCAUCAGUUCAGUCGGCCUCAACAACUGCCGGGCAGACAAGGAGAGGGCACAUUUUGACAGCAUCGGCCACCACCUCGGCAAACUGGGAGAGGAGGGAAAGAUCGGCCACAGAGUGAUCGACCUCACUAGGCCUGAGGAUCUUGAUGGGUCCAAGGAAGUCAAUGGCUCUUCAGAUAAACCCCAACUCUAUUAUUGUUGGCCAACAGGAGGCGCUGGAUCUACUGAGGCCCGAGUCUUCAGGGAGUCUCGAGGACGAAACAGCAACGAGCCCCACAUCAAACGGCCCAUGAACGCGUUCAUGGUGUGGGCCAAAGAUGAGCGGCGCAAGAUCCUGCAGGCUUUCCCUGACAUGCACAACUCUAAUAUAAGCAAGAUUUUGGGUUCUCGAUGGAAGGCCAUGUCUAACCAGGACAAGCAGCCAUACUAUGAGGAACAAGCUCGUCUAAGUAAGCUUCAUUUAGAGAAGUAUCCAAACUACAAGUACAAACCACGACCUAAGAGAACUUGCAUCAUCGAUGGAAAAAAACUCCGUAUUGGCGAGUACAAGCAGAUGAUGCGGUCACGGCGGCAAGAGAUGAGGCAGUUCUUCACUGUGGGGCAGCCACCUCAGAUUCCCAUCACCACCAGCGCCAGUAUGGUCUACCCUGGAGCCAUAACCAUGGCAACUACCACACCCUCACCACAGAUGACUUCGGAGUGCUCAAGUGCCUCAGCGAGUCCUGAGCCGUCCAUUCCUGUUAUUCAGAGCACCUACAACAUGAAGUUAGAGCCCAACACCAUGGCGAACAACAGUGAGCAAGUCAAUGGCGAGGAUGAGAUGGACAUGUACGAAGACUUUGAGGAUGAACCCAAAUCAGACUAUAGCAGUGAAAAUGACACACAAGAGACGGUCAGCGCCAACUGA